CUCCUCCCUGACAGCAUCAUGAAGGUCUCUGGAGCUGUUCUGUUCCUGGUUCUCGUCACUGCUGCCCUCUGCUGUCAGGUUCAUGCUUCACCCGAGGGUCCUAGCACCCCAACUACUUGCUGCUUUGAAUUCACCACUAGGAAGAUACCUCCAAAGUUAGUGGUGAGCUAUGAGACCACCAGCAGCAGAUGUGCCAAGGAAGGUUUAGUCUUUGUGACCAGACGCGGCUUGCAGAUCUGCACCAACCCCAAGGAACAGUGGGUCCAGGACAUCAAGAACCAGCUGGACAAAAAGAAUGCCAAGACCCAGAGUCCAGAAUUUCUGACAACUUUUUCUACCCAAAGCAGCACUGAAUAAUUUAUUUCCCUUCCACCUCCCAAAGCUACUCUUUGCAACAUUUUAUUAUAAUUUAAAUAUGUUUAGUUUUAUUUAAAUUAUUAAUGUUUAACUUUGUGUGACAAAUAUUUGCAUCUUUAUUUCGUAUAUACAUAUAUGUAUAUGUGUUUAUAAAAAAAAAAAGAUGUUGAUGUAGAAUGAUCUUUUAAAAAAACAAGUCUACACUACGG